CUGUAGACGGUCACUGAGGAUGAGCAACACGAUUCCUUCCUGUUUCGUAAAGUUCCGUUUAACUCCUAUCGAAAACAGAGUAAAACCGUAAACACAGCAUCAUGUUUAUUUACUUCAAGGGUGAACGGAUGCGUCAGUGGAAGACCGGCACAAUCCAUCAGAAAAAUUUCAAACUCACAGCUGAAACCCAUUUAAGUGUUCGCAAGAUAACCACAAAACAUGCGCAACGGAUUUCAACGGAACAUGUAUCAUCACGUAGGCCGUGUUUCGACUAAGUAAAUAACCUUGAAUAUCGCGACUAAACACAACAAAUUUAAUUUUACAAGCGAUCAUAUCAGGGGUAUAUAAAGCGCUGCAAAUUCAGACAGAAGGCAAACAGUUAGCUUCUGGAUGCUAUACAACAGAACAACCUAUUGCAGCAGCAUGCAGAUCCUCACACUCGCUCUCUUCUUUGGCACAAUCGCCGCCACAAGCGCUUGCGCUAACAUGGCUAUGCCCGGUAAAACUUCAUAUGCGAUCGCUAUGUCUAUUAUGACGACAGAAGAUGAUGAAAUGGGGUCAGGACUUCUUAGCACUCAGGAACGCGCUAUCAUUCGCACAACUUGGAAUAAGGCCAAAAAAGAUGGAGAUGUCGCACCCAAGCUCCUUUCCAAAUUUCUCAAGGCUUAUCCCGAAUACCAGAAGAAAUUCAGCAAGUUCGCUGAUGUCCCUCAGUCAGAUUUGUUAAGCAAUGGAAACUUCUUGGCUCAGUCCUACACCAUCUUGGCCGGUUUGAACGUCAUUGUCCAGUCCCUGUCCAGCCAGGAGCUGAUGGCCAACCAAUUGAACGCUCUUGGUGGUGCACAUCAACCCCGAGGAGUUACCACUACUAUGUUUAAGAAAUUCGGGGUCAUUCUUAUUCAAGUUCUCGAAGAAGAAAUCGGAAGUGCAAUGACAAUCGAUGCCAGACAGGCUUGGAAAAAUGGAAUUCAUGAAUUGAUUGGUGGCCUAUCACAGACUUUAAAGAAUCCAGAAGAUUUGCCUGAUCCCCAAACUCGACUGACCCCCCAACAAAUCAAAGAAGUCCAGAGUACGUGGGCAUCAAUGAGAGGCGAUCGCAACUCAAUCGUUUCUGCCAUCUUCAUCGAGCUCUUCAGAGAGAAUCCUCGCUCUCAGAAAUACUUCGCCAAAUUCGCCAGUCUACCCUUGGAGUCUUUGAUUAGCAACACCGAUUUCAACCAACAAGUUGCACUCGUCGCCAACCGCCUAGAUACAAUUAUCUCGACCAUGGGAGAUAAACUGCAACUGUUGGGUAACAUCAAUUAUAUGAGAUACAGCCACGAGCAGCGCAUCUAUUCUCCGAGAAACGCUGUCCGAGAUCGCUUUGAGGACUUUGGCCGUCUUCUGCUAGACACUUUGAUUGCAAAGGGUAUCGCUGGUGACGAUCUAGACUCGUGGAAAAGCGUUCUGAAGAUUUUUAUUGAUGGAAUCGCUCCCGAGCAAUGAAAACCUAUGUGGACGUUAGCAAGAAUUAAUUGAAUGAUAGCCUAUUAGAAUUAUCGCUCAGAAACUGUCUUAUAUCGUGUUAAAAAAAAAGUUCAUAGAAUGUUAUAUUUUGUGAUUCAACAUCUGUCCUGUUGCAGUGAAUACGUGCCUUUUUUAAAAUGUGCAAUGUACAGAUUUCGUUGAUCGAUAAACUGCACACAUCUGUGUUCUAAAAUGCAACAAAUUGAAAUUUACUUGUAACGAUUCUAG